AUGGAUGAACUGGCGAAGAUUCGGGGUCGGGAUAUUCCCGAUGUUAUGGAGGCAUCCAUAGAGAUCUUGGCGCCUCUCCUCACUGCGAAUAAGGCCCAUAUCCAGGAAAUCCCGUUCAAGACGUUCAAGUAUGGGCCCACUGACCGGCAUCAGCUGGAUAUCUACUACCCUUUAGAACAGGAUAGGCGGGAGAAGUCGCCUGUUCUGUUCUUUGUGUAUGGAGGGAGCUUUGUCACUGGCGCGAGGAACCUGUCGCCUAGUUUCGGGCUCGUGUACGCCUGUGUAGGCUCGUUCUUCGCCAGACGAGGGAUCCCUACUGUCAUCGCGGAUUACAGGCUCGCGCCAGAGUUCAAGUAUCCCAAACCGGUAGAGGAUGUUCGCGAUGCGAUAGAGUGGGUCAUUAAGAACCCCGAGGCACUGGCAUCUCCCGGAAGCCCAUCUCCAGACCUAGAGAACAUCGUUGUGAUGGGCCAUUCGGCUGGAGCAACGCACGCAGCGACGCUUCUGUUCAAUACUUCAGUUGUCCCGUUGGACUCACCCUUGCGUUCUCGAAUCACCGGUCUAAUCCUCUUCGCGGGCGGAUACGACGUCUCGGCUGCUGUACCUGGUACACCCCGUGCCUCUGCGAUCGAGAAGUACUGGUCCACCCUCGACGAAGCUAAAGCCAAUGAUGCGUUAUCCUUGUUCAACCGGUUCCCUGACUCCGAGCUGGGUUCGUUGCCGGAGAUUUUGAUGGUGCAGGCGGAGGAGGAGCCGGAUUAUAUGGAUGACGCGGGGAGGAAGAUGCGGGAGGCUGUUGGGAGGAGGUUGGGCAGGCCGCAGAGGAUGGUGGUGGGGAAGGGGCAUAAUCAUAUUAGUGUGAAUUGGGUGCUUGGGAUUGGGCAGGGUGAAGAGUGGGCGGAGGAGGUUAAGGAGUGGGUUUUGGAGAGGCCUGGGGAGAGGUGGGGAGCGGAAGAAGCGGAAGUGCGGAACGAGCGGGAUUUACGUGCCGCUUGA